AUGUCCAGAGCUGGAACCAAGGUCACCUUCUAUGAAGACAAGAACUUCCUGGGCCGUUACUACGAGUGCGACAGCGACUGCCCCGAUUUCCACAGCUACCUGAACCGCUGCAACUCCAUCCGUGUGGAUGGAGGCACCUGGGUGGCCUACGAGAGGCCCAACUAUGCUGGGAACAUGUAUGUGCUGACCCACGGGGAGUACCCCGACUACCACCACUGGAUGGGCCUCAACGACCGCCUGGGCUCCUGCAAGUACAUCCAGAUCCCAAGUGGAGGCCGAACCCACAUCCAGGUGUUUGAGAAGGGAGAUUUUGGCGGGCAGAUGUUCGAAGCCACCGAAGACUGCCCCUCCAUCAUGGAGGAGUGGCACAUGCGUGAGGUGCACGCCUGCAGGGUGCUGGAGGGCGUCUGGGUGUUCUACGAGCAUCCCAACUACCGGGGCCGGCAGUACGUGCUGCCCAAGGGGGAGUACCGCAAGCCCGUGGAGUGGGGCGCGGCCAGCCCCGCCGUCCAGUCCUUCCGCAGCAUCUCCGAGUGAGCCAGCCCCGCGGAGGGCUGCCACACCCCCCCA